AUGACGUGUGUUGUCAUUGAAGUAGACGCCUACUUCAACCCCCUGAACAUUCUGCUGCUGAUGUUACAGCAGAACGUUCCGGAGCUACUUGGCUGCGUGGUCGAGUGUGUGUGUGUUUACGGCACAUGGUUACUUCAAAGUGUAUUUUGGUGUUUUUAUGUCUUUUUUAUAACGGUGCCGCUGGUCGGCCAUUACUACCUUUCCAACAUUGCUGGGGACAUUGACCACCCUAUACACCGGUCAAGGACUAAGUUGGACUACCCAGACAGUGAUAUUGAUUUAAGCAAAAGCUCAGAGCUAAAACAUCAAAUUGAAGAACUGCGUCGUAUCAAAGCAUCUGUUAAUAAUGAACUGCGUGAUUUAGAAAGCAAGAGACAGAAACUGCAAGCUGAAGUUUCAGGUUAUACAACUCAUAUUGACACCUUAAAAUCCCAAUAUGAAACGAUAAACAAAGAGGUGAGCCAACUGAAAAUCGCCUUGGAUCAGCUGCGCAUGGAGAAGGAGGAGACAAUAAUGCAGUAUAUUCCCAACAUCAAGGCACCACAGAGGAUCCUGAUGGAGGCCGACCCAAGUGAGAACAUUCCAUUGCCUUUGUCAUCCAAGUCCUGCAGAAUGCAUUCAUGUUUUGACUACACAUCAUGUUCACUAGUGUCAGGAUUUCCAGUAUUUGUUUAUAAUCCUGAUGACAGUUUAUUUGGAUCUCACAAAAUUGUAGACUUUGUUCAGUCUUCUUUCAGGAAUAGUUUUCAAAAAAGUGUAUAUGUGACAACAGAUCCUAUGUCUGCUUGCCUGUUUGUUGUGUUAGUGGGAGAAAUAGCAGAAGAUCAACUUGUAGAUAGAGCCCAUUUCGAGAGACAGCUUCACAAUCUGCCUCACUGGCAUGGUGAUGGUAGGAAUCAUAUUAUUCUUAAUCUAGCCAGGAGCCCAUGGAGCAAGGAGUUCUUUACAGAUGUUAACACUGGUCGGGCUAUGAUAGUACAGUCAGUGUUUGUAAACAGUGUGUUCAGACCAGGUUUUGAUGUACUUCUUCCUCCAAACUUUGGCAUCGCUGAAGGGGACACUUGGCAAGAUUUGCCCUCAAUGUCACCAGUUAGACGAAAAUACCUCAUGUCAUUUUGGGGAGAGGCAAUUUCCAAUAAGCUUGCACAGAACAUUGAGCAGAACAUGCAGAGUAUUCAGGACACUGUGAAUGAGAAUGGAGGUAAUGCACAGCGAGUCCCACGGUCAGUACAGGAAGUGCCACAGGAAGCAGGCCCUGAAGAAGAACUCUCUGAAGAAGGAGAAGAUGAUGAUAGGGAAGAUGAGAAUUUCCAGGUCCGGACUCUGAAAGCUGCAGCUGAUGCAUCUAGACUCGUGUCCCUGGAGGCAUCAGUCGUAGCUGCCUUGAAGAAAAUGCAUAAUCAGAUCCCUGACACUUUGUUCCUGCAGUUUUCAUGUGAUGGACCUCAGCCUCAGGGUAGCUAUGCUGAAUGGGGUCUCUGCGGGAACAGUGAACAAAGAAGCAAGAUACUCUCUCAGUCAACAUUCUCCCUUGUGUUGCCACCAACAAACUUCACAAUGCUAUCAACAACUGUGUUUCAGAUUCGUUUGUAUGAAUCAUUAAAAUAUGGUGCCAUUCCUAUCAUACUGGGUGAUCAUGUGCAGCUUCCAUUUAGUGAAAUCCUCGACUGGAGACUUGCUGCGAUCCUUCUGCCAGUGUCCAGGGUGACAGAGAUUCAUUUCUUUUUGAGAACCUUUACUGAUAGUGACAUCUCUCAGAUGAGACAACAGGGGAGGUUCCUGUGGGAAACGUAUAUGAGUAGCUCAAAACGGAUUCUUGACUCAAUGCUAGCUGUUUUCAGAACAAGACUUCAGAUUCCAGCCAAACCAGUGAGAGAAGAGCCAACUCCAAGUGUGUUCAAUGCUUCUUUCAUUCCCCUCAAGUUCAAUGGUCCAGAGAUGGAGCCAGAGACUGAUGAAGUGCUUGGUCCAACUGAAGCCAGGUUCCCUUCUGAAAGGUUCUACAGAAACUACACCCAGUUUAUCAACUAUGACAUCUUCAACAAGCCAGGGGAUCCAUUCAAUCUGUACCCAUAUCAGCCCUUUGACACUGUGCUGCCAUCAGAGGCCAAAUAUCUAGGUUCUGGCUAUGGGUUCCGGUCAAUCGGAAAGGGAGCCGGUGGAUCUGGGAAGGAGUUCAGCGGAGCCCUGGGUGGAAAUGUCCAGCGGGAACAGUUCACUAUUGUGAUGCUGACAUACGAGAGGGAGACUGUCCUCAUCAAGGCUCUGCAGAGACUGAAGGGUCUUCCUUUCCUCAACAAGGUGAUAGUGGUGUGGAACAACCCCAUCCCUCCAUCUCCAGAACUGCGCUGGCCAGACAUCAACGUGCCACUUAAGAUUGUCAGGACAUACAAGAACAGUUUGAACAACCGAUUCCUCCCCUAUGAUUCAAUAGAGACGGAAGCAAUUCUCAGUAUUGACGAUGAUGCACACCUUCGACAUGACGAAAUCAUAUUUGGGUUCAGAGUGUGGCGUGAGGAGCGAGAGCGUAUUGUGGGGUUUCCGGGCCGGUUCCAUGCAUGGGACUUGAAGCACCAGUCCUGGCUGUACAAUUCCAACUACUCCUGCGAGCUGUCCAUGGUCCUCACUGGCGCCGCCUUCUACCACAAGUACUACUCAUACCUGUACAGCUACGUGAUGCCAUCUGCUAUCCGAGACAAGGUGGACGAGUACACCAACUGUGAAGAUAUUGCCAUGAACUUCCUCGUGUCCCACAUCACACGCAAACCUCCAAUAAAGGUGACAUCCCGAUGGACGUUCCGGUGUCCAGGCUGUCCACAAACUCUGUCCAGCAAUGAUUCCCACUUCCAGGAGCGACACAAAUGCAUCAACUUCUUUGUGAAGGUGUACGGCUACAUGCCCCUCCUGUACACACAGUACAGGGUGGAUUCUGUGCUGUUCAAAACUCGACUGCCACAUGAUAAACAGAAGUGCUUCAAAUAUAUUUGAGGCUGUGGAAGGUGGGGUAUGUUCCCCCCUCAGUGGCGUUACAGGGUGCUGGUUGAGACAUACUGCCUCAAGGCAUAGUGUUGCAAAUAUAUAGUGGGGAUCUUACAAGCAUAACUUAUUGGGCACUUUGGAAGGGAGACAACUCUGUAAUACAUAACAGCAUCUGUCUCUGAGGCAGACAGUCCGACAGUCUUUCAUGAGGGAAUACUAUGUCCAUUACACAAAGCAGUCCUAGUGCUAUGAUCUUUAAAACAGACUUGUGGCAGUUGUGGUGCUAUGGUCACUUUGUGUUGGUGUGCCUCUGUUCUCCACUGUUGACCAAGGAGUAAACACCAAAUGCACAGGAAGACUUUUACUCAUACAGAACAAAAUCUUUACCAGGUUUCAAACACAGCGAAGCACAUUUAAUUUCAUGACUUCAGGGCGUUAACUCAUCUACACAUUCAUGGGGGAAUUCAAUGUAGAUUUUAUUCAUCAAAUCACCAAAAAUAUUUUAGGUAUGUAUGACUGUAUAUUUUCAUCAACGAUAAUGUUAUCAGAAGGAUGUAAAACAAUGGACACAGGUGUUGUAUGUUACUGAGGAGUGUUUUGUCUGAGAUGCAGCCAAAGAGGCAGUGUACUUCAUGACAACAGGGGUGUGGGAGCUACACAACUUCACAUCAUUGUGAGGAGUUCUCAUACAUCGACUUCACCAAAGAAAAACAAGUCCUUCACUUGUAUAUACAGAUGUGCUGAACAACUGUCGGUUCUGGAUGUGACUUGGAACAGCUCUCUGUACUGGAUGUGACUUAUAACAGCUGUCUGUACAGAUUGUAAUGGGUGUGACAUGGAACAGCUGCCUGUACUAGAUGUGACUUGGAAGAGCUCUUUGUACUGGGUGUGACAUGGAACAGCUGUCUGUACUAGAUGUGACUUGGAGCAGCUCUCUGUACUGGAUGUGACUUAUAACAGCUGUCUGUACAGAUUGUAAUGGGUGUGACAUGGAACAGCUGCCUGUACUAGAUGUGACUUGGAAGAGCUCUUUGUACUGGGUGUGACAUGGAACAGCUGUCUGUACUAGAUGUGACUUGGAACAGCUCUCUGUACUGGAUGUGACUUAUAACAGCUGUCUGUACAGAUUGUAAUGGGUGUGACAUGGAACAGCUGCCUGUACUAGAUGUGACUUGGAAGAGCUCUUUGUACUGGGUGUGACAUGGAACAGCUGUCUGUACUAGAUGUGACUUGGAACAGCUCUCUGUACUGGAUGUGACUUAUAACAGCUGUCUGUACAGAUUGUAAUGGGUGUGACAUGGAACAGCUGCCUGUACUAGAUGUGACUUGGAAGAGCUCUUUGUACUGGGUGUGACAUGGAACAGCUGUCUGUACUAGAUGUGACUUGGAGCAGCUCUCUGUACUGGAUGUGACAUGGAACAGCUGUCUGUACUUGAUGUGACAUGGAACAGCUCUCUGUACUGGGUGUGACAUGGAACAACUGUCUGUACUAGAUGUGACUUGGAACAGCUGUCUGUACUGGAUAUGACAUGGAACAGCUGUCUGUACUAGAUGUAACAACUGUGAAGUAACUAUAUUCAAGGCUGGUAUAGGAUGGUCUGUGAAGUUGUAGUGCACUGAAGGCCAUCAGGAGAAACCUGCCUGCAUUGCAGUAGAGUUGGAUGAUGAGAAUUGUUCCAAAUAGGGCUUUUGUAUUGGACGAAUCCUGUCCAGUCAGAUCAGACAAGGGGAGGUAAUCUAGUGUCACACUGUCUUUAGAAAACUAUUCCAAGAGUGUCAGAUGCCAUGUUGCCAUUGAUGUGUUCUCAGACCAUUUUGUUCAAGCACCACUGAAUGAGUAGAAGGCUGCUUGGUGCUUCAUUUGAUGAUGUGUUUAAUACAAAUAGGACCAUCACAAUCUUUCUGUUUCUCAGAUAUUCAUUCAGUGAUCCAGUUUUAAAUCAUGAAUACUAAAUAAAAAUAGGUCUAAGCCUACAGUCACAAUUCCAUAUAUUUCAACAGUCAACUUUGUACAUAAUCAGAGAUAUUUGUCUUCAUACUGUCAAGGAAAGAUGUACACAUUGAUACACUUAAACUGACAUGUGCGCACAUGCACGUAUACACGGACGAGUUUGCACACACACAUUCACUCACUCACUCAGUCGCUAUCUCUAUCUCACACACACACACACAUUCACUCACUCAGUUCCUAUCUCUAUCUCUCUCUCUCACACACACACACACACACACACACUCACUCACAUUACUCAUAUUAACAGUUGAAGAGCUAUGUUUUAGAAUGCAUAAUCAGAAUUUUAGUGCUAUUAGCUAGACCGUGAUCUUACAGAAAUACUGUAGCAAACAGUGGCAUUGUCUUGAUAGUGUAAUGGCAUAGCAUAAUACCUGUUAACAUUAGGUGUUAUUCAACAUGAAGCAUGUCAAUUGUCAUACAGUGUCCAUGAAGUGACUGUUUACAAGAAGCCUAUUUCCUAAGGAAUAAUGGAAGGAUAUUGCUUUUGUUUCGUGUGCUACUCCAGAAGGUCCCAGAGGUUUGAUGUAAGGGAUAUACAACACAUGUUGGAGUCUCAUCUGUCAAACAGAUUUCCUGAAUCUUGAGAUGUAGUUUACUUGUGGUUCUAUAUCACUUAUUCCAUAUUGCUGAUAGUGCUGUAAUUGUUUAGUGGUCAGUGUGUACAGUUCUGCAAGUUUUCAUGCGAGUCAUGUUACCAGAUUGACAUAUUUUAUUCCAAAUAGGCCAACAUUUCCGACACACCUUUGUACUUAAGACUGCAUUUCAAAAGUCUCAGUACAUCGGAUAACUUUUCGUAGAUCUCUGCACAUUGAACUUAAUUUCUCAGUUCAUAUACCUCAGUUCCCUAGACUUGAUUUUAUAUGUUUAAGUACCUCAGAUCCCAGAACAUUGGUCUUCAUGUCAUACAUCGCACUUUAUCCCAGAACAUUUCAUACGUCUCACUAUAUCCAAGUAUAUUUCAUAUGUCUCACUAUAUCCAAGUACAAUUCAUACAUGUCACUAUAUUCCAGUUCAUUUCACAUGUCAUAUUAUGUUGAAGUACAUUUCAUAUAACUAGGAACACUAGACUCUUUUUCAUACAUCAUAGUACAUCAGAUUCUAUUUCAUAUGUUUCAGUACUCCAAACUGUAUUUCUUAUAUCUGUCAGUACAUCAGACUAUAUUUGUGUACAUCUCAGUACUUCGCACCUCAGUACAUCUUAUACAACAGAACACUGUACAUAAUGAUAUCAUUUGAACAAUAUUUGAUUAAAGGGUACAUAUGACUAGGGUAGAAUUCUUAUACUGACAUUACACAUACCUUCAUAAAGCAGUGUCGCUGUGUAUUCCCGUCUGUUUUCUACAACACCUGUCCAGAGCCUGAACUAUCCUGAACCUGCCAACUACUUGCCACAUCAUUUGUAUGUUUAAUGUUGGGGAA